AGAACCUGAUGGACACAUUGUGCACGGGAACUAAUAAACGUCAUUUAAGUAUGAGCAGAAGACCACCUAAAAGGUCCAGGGAUGACCUUAAAGAUGGAUCAACUCCUUCUCUUAAAAGGAAAAGUGAGCUCCAGGCUUCUCUUCAUUCUUACAAGGAAAAGAAACGGAGGCUUCAAAUUAGAACAUCUUGUCGCCGCUUGCGUGACCUUCUGCCCUUUGUCGGUGGCCAUUUAGACACAGCCACCACACUAGAGCUCACUGCGAGGUACAUGAGCUACCUGAAGGAGACUCUACCUCCAAAUGUUCUGUCUAAAGUUUAUAAAGCAGUUGAGGAAAAAAUGAGUAAUUCAUGGAAAAGCAAACAAAGACCACAGAGGAAAAGAAAAAAAGUCAGGCUGAAGAAGAUAACGUCUCAGAGAGCACAACCAGCUACCGAGAAGUCCAAUGAGGAUCAUGAUGACACAGUGAAAUGCACUCAGCAGAAGCUGUGUAAUCCAGUGAAUCAGCCACCUGUCACAAGAAGCCAUCCUCUGACAGUGGCUCCAAUGCCUUUUCCAGCUGAGGUCGUGACAUCAGUGCAUGCCCCGCCAAUACUGUUGGACAAAUCGGCUGUUCCCUGGGGACAAAUGCUGCCAGUUUGCCAAGAUCAAUUUCUGACUGCGUCAUUCCAGUCUGUGGAAAAUAACUUGAUGAACACAACCUCUGCAUUUAUGAACCCCACUUCACGUGCUUUCACAUCAGAAAUGAUCAGCCCCACUUUUUUACCAGAGCUGGGACCAGACCUGUCUUCAUACAAUGUGUUCUGGGAUGCCACUCCUGGCUUUCUGCAUCCUACUGCUCUUCCAUCAGUAAAUGUUUGCCAAAACUACAGCCCACCUCAACAGACUACAGUAACACAUGUCACCAAACUUUCAGCAGAACAAAGUUAUGUUGGUUCAUCUCUGGUCUGCCAAACUGCUAGUGCUUCAGAAAAUCCACCACCCAUCCCGUUGUCUUCAAGUUCUGUUGAUGUGACACCUGAGGAUGGAAAUGUGUCGGUGUCAGAUGUUCUGUGUCAUUCAAGACUCCUCCUGGAGAGUGACCUCUGUAGCAGCAGUCCUUUGACAGACAGUCCACUGAAUACAGUCAAUCAAUUUUGGCUUGAUCUACUCUUGGACACUAAUGGUAACCUAUGCUUGCCUGAUGCUAGUCUUGUAAACAUGAAUCUUUCACCUUACUCAAGGACCGGCUAACUAUAUGUUUGCUUGGAGAUGUAAAACCUGCAUAAUAUGAAGAAGAUUGUCAGUCUUUCAGUUUUCAUUUGCUGAAAAUGACAAAAGUUAAUGCAGAUAUUAGUUGUUUUUUUUAUGCUGGUCUAUUAUGCAUACUUAAAAUCAAUACUUUAUAUAGGUUGAUGGGCUUUUGCCAGCCUCUCAUUGAGCUGCAUUCCUGUGAUUUGUUACAGGAAGUUUACACACAGUAACUUGGAGCAACUCAUCGGUCAUCAUACAGCCAACUAAUAAUUUUUAAUGAAAAAGUGUAAAUUCUUUUUUUUUGUAGUGCACACCUCCAGAAAUCAUUUGCUGAAUUAUGUUUUCUGCAGAUGUUUUGUAAAAAAAAUUAUUAUUGUUGCUACAGAGUGUUUUGACUUUGUCACAGAAUAUUGAAGGAAUUGUUAAGAAUUUCUUAGUUGAAUUUUUUUUAAUUCAAAUGUUUUUCUUUUGCAUUUUCCACUUCACAAUGUUGAAAAUAGCCAAUCCAUGUAUUUGGAUUAUUUGUGUUACAUUUACUAGAAGCUAUUGGAUGAAUGUCUGUGUUCUCUAGCAUUCAAUAAAAUGAUUUCUAGAAUA